AUGCUGGAUGGCCCGCUCUUCUCCGAGGGGCCCGACAGCCCCCGGGAGCUCCAGGACCAAGAGUCUGGCAGCUGCCUCUGGGUGCAGAAGUCUAAGCUGUUGGUGAUCGAAGUGAAGACUAUUUCCUGUCAUUAUAGUCGCCGCGCCCCUCCUCGACAGCCCAUGGACUUCCAGGCCAGCCACUGGGCUCGCGGGCCCCAGAUCCGCACGUGUAGGCCACGCCCGGGAUCCCCUGAACCGCCGCCGCCCCGCCGACCCUGGGCUUCCAGGGUGCUGCAGGAGGCGACCAACUGGCGGGCAGGGCCCCCGGCCGAGGUUCGAGCCCGGGAGCAGGAGAAAAGGAAAGCGGCGUCGCAGGAGCGGGAGGCCAAGGAGACCGAGCGAAAAAGGCGCAAAGCUGGUGGGGCCCGACGGAGUCCCUUGGGUCAGCCUCGCCCAGAGCCCCGGAACACCCCUCGGCUGGCCCAGCCCUCGGGGCUCCUGGUUUACUCUCGGCCUGGGCGCCUCGGGCAGGUGGGGCGAGCGUCCCGUCCAUCUGCGCAACCGCAGAGCGACCCAGGGGCGGCGUGGGGGGGGCCCUGGGGGGGGAGGAGGCCAGGGCCCCCCAGCUAUGAGGCACACCUGUUGCUGAGAGGCGCGGCGGGCACCGCCCCGCGUCGCCGCUGGGACCGGCCACCCCCCUACGUGGCUCCACCUUCCUACGACGGCCCCCACAGGACCUUGGGGACUAAGCGAGGCCCGGUGCUCUCCCAGGCAGCCAUCUCCUCCACCCCGGCUCCCAACCCUGUCAGGACAGAGGGAGGGCUCACAAAAAAGAGGCUGGAUCCUCGAAUCUACCGGGACGUCCUCGGGGCUUGGGGUCUCCGACAGAGCCGGGGUCUCUUAGGGGGAGCUGCGGGCUGUGGAGUAGCCAGAGAGAGGCUGGAGUCCGGCCAGCCGGCGGCCGUGGAGAAAAUCCCAGGCCUAGCUGCUGCUGGCCAUUCCCAAGCCAAAGGUACUGGUAGGCCGGGCACCGAGACAGCUCCUUCUGGGUCUGUACCUGCGACCCUCAGCCCCAUGCGCCCCGCGCCCCGGCCCAGGCACCACCUGCAGGGCUCCAGGGAAGGGAAAGAAGGAAAAGAACACCCCUGGCUUCCCAAAUGCUGGAUUUCCUCCCCUAAAAAGCAGCCCCCUAGACAUAGCCAGACCCUCCCCAGACCUUGGGCUCCAGGCGGCACCGGGUGGAGAGAGUCCCUGGGUCAUAGAGAGGGGGCAGGACCGGAGAGUCUGGAGGGCUGGCCGGUGGCCCGGCGCGCCCACACCCUGCCCCGCAGUUCCCACUGCCGCGCUCGCAGAGAAGGCGUCUUUGUCAUUGAUGCCACGUGUGUGGUGAUCAGGUCCCAGUAUGUGCCCACCCCUCGAACCCCGCAGGUGCAGCUUUUGCCUUCUGGGGAGCCAUGUAUUGUUGGGGCUGGCCCUGGGCAGCCCAAGCCCUGCAAAGAAGAGGAGGAGGGCGAGAGGCCCACGGUUUUACCCUCCCCAAAGCAACUGUCCAACGGUCGGAUUGUACAACAACCGGGCACAGAGCAUGAAUGUGAAGCUAAGGGCAGGAAUCCAGGGGACUCCUCAAUGGAGGGGCGGUCCUCCUCCGGCAUCUUGGGGCUCCCUGUGGGCGAAGUAAACUUGAGAGAUGACCCCACUCAGCCAGGUAGCCCAGAGAAUUCAGUCGUAGGCCCAGCGGCUCCGGGAUGCGCCCGCAGCACCAAGGGCUCCGAAGUGGCGGCGGCGGUGGUCCCCAAGCGUAUAGGUGGAGGCUGGGCUCGAACCCCAGGGCCCUACGCUGGAGCCCUGCGGGAAGCUGUGUCCCGGAUCCGUCGCCACACGGCCCCGGACUCGGAUUCAGACGAAGCUGAGGAGCUCAGCGCCCAUAGCGGCUCCUCAGAAGGAAGCGACACAGAAACCCCAAGGGCUUCCUGUAGGAAUGACAGGACCCUGCCGGUGGCUGGGAAGACAGCAGAACUGCGCCACAAGGUAGAUGCCAUCAGCCAAAAUGAGGAGACAGACCCUUUUCCGGGCGCGGGAUACCAAGGGGACCCCAGAGGGAAAUAAGGAAAGACAGUGAGGUACACCUCUUCUUGUUUUCCCCUGGACCCAUCUAUUCUUGGGCCUGCUGGGUCCCCUUUCUUCCCCCCUCCCCACUUCCUUUGCUCUUCUUUAUUUCCCUACCUAUACCUGUUCCCAUACUUGAAAUAGAAAGGAAGGAAAGGGAGCAUGUGCCCAUUCAUGGUUUUGUUUCAAGACAGGUGAGUCUGAGCAGUAGAUUUAGUGUCUGCUAGAUUCAGGACACACAGUGGCGUCCUCUGCAGGGGCGGUUAGCCUAGGUGUGGAGCCUAUGAGGGAGGCCCAGGCAGGAGGGCAGGACUGGUGGCAAUAUCAAGGCAAGGCCUCUGGGCAGAAAGGAGAAGAUCAGGACCCAGUGACAGAGUGAGCAGGUGACAGAACGCUCCUUAGCAGAGGAGGAAAGAAUCCAGAAGUGACCAACAAAGCCGGAAGAGGGCUCCCCUUCAUGUCACAAGUCUUGAGCCUCAUUUCCAAAUCUGCCACUGAUGGGGUUGGUUGACUUUAGACCAAUCCUUUCCCUUUCUGGAAUGUACAAAGAAGAAACUCUAUGGUCUAUCCUUCUAUCUCUGGAAAUUUGGCUUUUUUAUUUUUUCCUUGAGGAGGGCUUUAUCUCAUCUUCUCCUUUAACAAGGCAGGAAAGAGUGGCAGGAAUAAGUGAAUAGAAUCUGAGGUUCCAAGACAGCCUCCUUGUCAGUUGCAUUUCAUCCUCAAUUCAGGGGACUGUCCAGGGAUUUACGAAGAUCCGAGUGGGAGAAAGCCUCUUAUCUCAGCCUCCCAGGUUUCGGGGAGUGCGGGGCAAGAGAGUAGCACUGUCACUCCCUUUCCCUGUCCGUAGUAGUCCCAAGCUGGGAAGGGAAGACAGCCAAUGAAUGAGCUUGAGACUUCCUUGGGCUCUUCUAUUCUCUCCUACUCCCCUCCCCCUUAGUGAGGGUCGAAUGUAAACAAACGGAGCCAGGAUUUCCCAUCCACGUGGUGCCGUCCACUUUGACAGGACCCGAGAAUGUCUGUACCUCUUCCUUUUCCAAAAACAACAGCCAGGCCCAGGAAAGCAAGUCUUAGGAUAAGGCGAGUCCCAAGAAACCUGUAAGUGUGGGGUGUCAUUCUCGCUAUAGCCACUACGGGGCGCGCGCAGGUCGCGGAUCUCCCGGGUUGCUACUCCCCGAGUCCCCCGCGGUUCCCCGGUACAGCCGGUUAAUCCGAUUCCUGUCCCGGGCCUGGUCGGCUCCAGCGCGUGCGCGGCGGCGGGCGUGCGGGGGCCCGGAGCAGGCCUUCGGCCUCCUAGACUUCUGGAGCGCCCCCACUCCACCCCCUCUUUUGUGCUCAUUCAUGCCAGCCGGCUUGGGACUCCGACAGACAUUGAAGUCUGGCUUUCCCCACCACUCUUCUCCGAUCCUGGAUACCUCCUCUGUCUCUGCCAUGUGAACUUGGCCAAAUCACUUCACCUCCCUGAGCCUCAGUUUCCUCAUCUGUCAAAUGGGGUUUUAUUUUUUAAAGAAACACCUACCUCGCAGGGUUGUUGUGAGGACUUAAUGCGGUAAUGUAUGUAUGUACAAAGCGCCUUGCACAGUGCCCGGCACACAG